AAGGAGAAGACGUAAGCAGGGCAAUCAGAGUUUCCUCGCCUCUUCCUCUGUCCUUGGAAUGUGCCUCCUCGAGGUAGAAGCCACCCAAGGAAGCAGACUUGAGAGAGUCAGGUGGUGUUGAGACCCUCUGGGUGGUUUAGGUGCCUGAGUCCAGUUAAAGCCUCUGUCUCUAACGUCUAAGAUUUGGCGGCAGGUGCAGAGACCUCCCGCGGCGCCCGAGACAAGCCUCGUGUGUAAGUUCUCUUGUUUAUUACACCUGCCCCCGACCAGCCUGGAGCGGCCGCCUCUUUCUUUGGUCUCUCCCCGGCUCUCUGCAUACAGGGCCAGUUUGCAGAGGAACGCUGCCUCCAGCCUUCUCAAACCCUGAGUUAUCAAGGGUGGGAAAGCGGUUCCAUUUCUCUUCAUUUUCCCAAAACCAAUACCGUGUCUGGUACGGAGUUAGAGAUCCACACACUCGUUGAGCAGGCUGAGGAGCCAAGGACAACAGAGAUGCAGCAGGGAAGUUUUCCUGUACGAGGAGGGCCUGAAGCUGUGAAAAAAGUGGACCUAGGCUGUGGCUUGGUGGAGAGGAAGAAGAGGGCGGCUUCAUGUUCGUGAAAGGAGGAGCUGGUUUGAGCAGAGCCCGAGGACUUGGGGACUCUUGCCUGAAAUCUCAUCAACCUGAAGCCCGUUGCGGAAUUGCACAGGGUCCCCAUGGACCUCAAGGACAGCCCCAGCGAGGGGAGUCUGCAGCCCUCCAGCCUCCAGAUCUUCGCCAACACCUCCACCCUCCACGGCAUCCGCCACAUCUUCGUGUACGGACCGCUGACCAUCCGGCGCGUGCUCUGGGCCGUGGCCUUCGUGGGCUCCCUGGGCCUGCUGCUGGUGGAGAGCUCCGAGAGGGUGUCUUACUACUUCUCCUACCAGCACGUCACCAAGGUGGACGAGGUGGUGGCGCAAAGCCUGGUCUUCCCGGCGGUGACCCUCUGUAACCUCAACGGCUUCCGCUUCUCCAGGCUCACCACCAAUGACCUGUACCACGCCGGGGAGCUGCUGGCCCUGCUGGAUGUCAACCUGCAGAUCCCGGACCCGCACCUGGCUGACCCCACGGUGCUGGAGGCCCUGCGGCAGAAGGCCAACUUCAAGCAUUAUAAGCCCAAGCAGUUCAGCAUGCUGGAGUUCCUGCACCGCGUGGGCCAUGACCUGAAGGAUAUGAUGCUCUACUGCAAGUUCAAAGGGCAGGAGUGUGGCCACCAGGACUUCACCACCGAGGGCUUGUCGUCAGAUAAGGAAGCUUAGCAAGAUCCUCUCCCAAAUUGGAUUUGACAUAUGCCUGGCACUCGGACAGCUGAGCUUUCCCUCCCCGGCAGUUCUCUGCCAGUGACAGCCCAGGGCACAGGGCUUUGCCCGCCCUGCUGCUGACACAGCUGCUAAUCCCAGGCUAAUGAGUGGUCCUCAGGCAGUGAGGCCGGGCGAGCAGGCAGGGGAGUAGCGGGCAAGCCGAGCUGCUGAAGCCAUGGGCUGGGAAGAGCUGUUGUUUCCUAGGGCAGCUGGAGAAUGCUGCUUUCCUGGAGAUGUUCCUGGCUAUGAAUUGGACUCGUGCUCUGGAUCCUGCCGUGUUCUGGGCAUGUCUUAGACAGGAUGCUGGGGGCGAGGGAGAAGAGGUUGCUGAGGCUGAUUUGAUACUAUGUUCAUUCGUUUAGGCGAUAAACGCACAUGGAAAGAUAAGUCCUCUUAGGGGACUGUCUCCUAAGGAUAUCUCUUCAGGGUUGUUCUUGAUUUUCAUUCAUUUUAAUUUGAUUUUACUCGGGCCAAAGAUUGAAAAAGACUGGGGCCUAAGGGUACAUUGGGGUGAUUUACUUUGGAUGUUAUAGUUCUCCUAGGAUGGCUUCGAAGACAUAAGCCAACAUGUAAAUUAAAAAAAAUACUAUCUCACCCAUCAUACACACCAUAAGCUGACACAUCCUCUUAGUCUUAAAUCUAUAUAAUAUCAGGAUAUAUAUAGAUAGAUAGAUAGAUGGAAUUUUUUUUUUUUUUAAUGUUGGAACAUCUGGAUUCCUGUCUAAUCCAUGGCAGUUCUGUGAUCUAGGAUAUGCCUCUUAAUGCAUCUGAGUUUUCAUUUCUCAACUUAAAAAAUGAGAAUAAAGAAUAAAAGUAUUUAAACAUCUUGGGUCCCAAAGAAGAAGACUUAGUGGCUCGUGCACACAAGAAAAGAUGCAGGUUUAUAGAGCAAUGAGAUUCCAUUUAAAACCUGUUAAAUGACAGAUAUGGGGUGUGUGUGUGUGUAACAUUACCAAGUGUCGGGAAGGAUGUUAAUCCAUAAGAACUCUUAUUCAUUGUGGAUGAAAAUGUAAAUUGGCAAAGCUACUUAUUUUGUGGUCGUGUAAAUGAACAGUUACAUGGUCAAGAAAGGUGAUUCUCAUACCCUAAGAACCGGAAGUUUGACACUUAGCUCUGUCCUGGAACUUACAUGUGCAUAGGAGAUGUGCAUAGGAAUUCGUAUGAUGGCAUUGUUUAUACACAUGCAAAAGUAUAAACAGCCCAAUGGUGAUAAACAGCAGAAGGCAAAAAUAAUUUGGGGAUAUUUCUACAAUGGUAUAGGACCCAGAAGAGAAACUGAAUGAACUGGAGCCAGCUUUGAGGAGCUCCCAUUGACCACAUUUGAGACAAUUUGAGCAGCAAAACUUUCACAAAUGGUAGUGAGUGAUAAACCUUGCAAAAAUAGUGUACAUGAAUACAUAUGCAUAAUACAUAGAUGAUGGAUAAAUCAGUUCAAUACAUAGAUUAGGCGUAUCAAUACAUACAUACAUGCAUAUAGGGGAAGGAGGUCCUUGUUUACAUUACAACGCUGAGGGCUGCUGCUGGAGCUUGGGAAUCAUUGUUUUGCAAUCAUCAUGGUAAAGAUGAGUCAGAGAAGAGUCAUCAGCGGUCACUAGAUCUAGGAGGGCAUUUGCUGAGAGCAAGAUAUCGACAUGAGUAAGUGUCUUCCAUAUACUGAUUAGUUGAAAAGGAGAAAAAUACGUAUAUACUGAAAAAGCUGGCAGUGCCUGGACUGAAUGAUCAAAAUUAGCAGCACCAAUAAGGAACAGAUGGACAUUGUGUUUUUUCCAGAUGUGAUAUCCUAAGAGAGUGUGUGGCCUUAAUCUAAUCAGGAAGAAAUAAAACACAACCCAAAUGGAUAACUUUCUACACAAAGAUAAAAGGGCUAUCUUCUCCAAAAAUAUUUUUGUCCUA